AUGAUGGUGUCUCCGGCGCGGACGCCCGCCGAGGCCGUCCAGCACGUCGCAGAGCUGGCCUAUGUCCCAGUCCUGCUGUUUGUUUUCAUCACUCUCUCGGGCCUCUACAGCAUCUUCACCUCGGAGAGCGAGGAUGAGGCCGUCCCCGCCACCGCUACCGGCCCCGGUGGCAGGCCGCUGCCCAUGAACAAGAAGCGGAAGAAGCGAUCGAGAGCGGCCUCGAAUCGCAGAGAGGCCGACGAGGCCACCACCACCUCGACGCCGACCCCUCGGCCCUGCAUGGCCCAGAUUUUCCAGUCCCUGAUGGCAUUCAUGACUUGUACUUUUCUUGCCGACGGCGUCACAAUUGGCUUGCAUGUCAUAGCAAGCGGGGAGAACAACUGGUGGUGCGGCGAGGAACAUGCGGUCUACAUUGUCGCGGGUGCCUUCCUCUACCUCUACAUCAUGAUCAACCUCCUCGAAUCCCGACAUACGACGCCCACAAUUGUCUAUCUUGUCCUCUGGGUGCUCGGCUUCGUGGGGGAGACUACCAUCUUCGUGUCCAACAUCUGCCGCGUGACGGGCGAGCACUUCGUCCUGACCAAUGUGCGCGAAAGUAAAUACACCAAGGUCAAGGGACCAGAUACCUGGGAUCUGGCCGGCGUGGGCAUUGCGAGCGUCCGGCUCUUCACCAUAACAGUCGUCAUGGUCCUCUACUUCAUCUUUUACUUGAGGAGAAGCAUCGAUCAGCUGCGCGAGAAGUUCCAUGUCGACGAGGAGAGCACAUCCGCAACCCCCAGCGAGACGACGCCUCUACUAAAUGGCAACGGCAAUGGCCAUGGCAGGACUUACACCGCCAGAGGAAGUGUGGGCCGCGAUGAUCGGCGCAGCCUCGGCCAAGCAGACCUGAACAGUACUAACGGUGGUGCUGCGGACCCAGAGCAGGCCACGGCAUUCUAUCGUCCCGAGAAACUACCUCACAAGACCUGGUGGGAGUACGUCCGGGGCUAUUCUCUCUUCUUCCCCUACCUCUGGCCCCGAGAUAGUAGGAAGCUGCGAUUCAUCGUCCUGAUCUGCUUUAUCCUGCUGGUCCUGCAGAGGAUCGUCAACUUUCUGGUUCCUAACCAGAUCGGUGUCGUCGCGGAUGCCUUGACGGAGAACGAGGGCCAGAUGCCGUGGGCACAGCUCUGUAUUCUCAUCGCCCUCAAGAUACUGCAGGGACAGUCGGGCUUGUUGGGGUCAUUCCGCUCGCUGCUGUGGAUCCCCGUCUCGCAGUACUCGUACAGGGCCUUGACGACUGCUGCCUUUGAGCAUGUCCAUUCCCUGUCGCUCGAGUUCCACCUCGGCAAGCGAACUGGCGAAGUGCUCUCUGCCCUCAACAAGGGUGCCUCCAUCAACUCCUUCCUCGAGCAGGUGACCUUCCAGGUCUUCCCCAUGCUCAUUGAUCUCAUCGUCGCCAUUCUCUACUUCCUCGGCAAGUUUGGGAUCUCGUAUGCCACCAUCGCUAGUAUCGUCACGUGGUAUUACCUGCACAUGACUAUCCGUAUGGCCUCGACCAGGGCCGACCAGCGACGAGACAUGGUCAAUGCCGAUCGCGAAGAGGAGGCCGUCAAGAACGACUCGAUCACGAGCUACGAGACGGUCAAGUACUUCAAUGCCGAAGACUACGAGUUCAAGCGGUACCGGGACGCCAUCCACAACUUCCAGGUUGCCGAGAAGAAGGUCACCGUGGGGAUGCAGCUCAUGAACAUCUGCCAGAACCUCGUGUUCAUGUGCGGGAUACUGAGCAUGCUGUUGCUCGGGGCGUACCAGGUGGCCAAGGGCUUCCGUACCGUCGGCGACUUCAUGAUCCUCAUCUCGUACCUCGGCCAGCUCCAGGGUCCCCUGAACUACUUCGGCACCUUCUACAGGACAGUGCAGCAGGCCAUGAUCUCUGGCGAGCGCCUCUUGGAGCUGUUCAAGAUCCAGCCGACGGUCGUGGACCGCCCUGGUGUCCCGGCCCUGGAGACCUGCCGGGGGCAUAUCCGCUGGAAGAAGGUCAGGUUCUACUAUGACAAGAAGAAGCCGGCGUUGCACGACUUGGACUUUGAGUGCAAGCCCGGCACGACCACCGCUUUCGUCGGCGAGUCGGGAGGCGGCAAGUCCACCGUCUUCCGGCUCAUGUUCCGCUACUACAACUGUCACCAAGGCGCCAUUGAGAUCGACGGCCGAGACGUUAAGGAUGUCACGAUCGAUUCCGUGCGACGUUACAUAGGAGUCGUCCCACAGGACACGAUCCUCUUCAACGAGAGCAUCAUGUACAACCUCAGGUACGCGAACCAGAAGGCCACGGACGAGAUGGUGUACGACGCCUGCAAGGCCGCCAGCAUCCACGACCGCAUCAUGUCCUUUGCCGAGGGCUACAACACCAAGGUCGGCGACCGCGGGAUCCGGCUCAGCGGCGGCGAGAAGCAGCGCGUCGCCAUCGCGCGCACCAUCCUCAAGAACCCGCGGAUCAUCAUGCUCGACGAGGCGACCUCGGCCCUCGACAGCGAGACGGAGCACCGGGUGCAGGCGUCGCUGAUCAAGAACAGAGAGAUUGGCUCCGACAGGACCCUGCUCGUCAUUGCGCAUCGGUUGUCCACCAUCACGCAGGCAGACCAGAUCAUCGUGCUUCACGCCGGCGCCAUCGUCGAGAAGGGCACCCACCAGGAGCUGCUCGACCUGGGCGGGCGGUACAGCUCCAUGUGGGACAAGCAGUCCAAGGCGGAGGAGGCGGCGAACCAAGCCCGCAGUGCGACCAGGCGUGCGACCAGGCUUCUCCGUCAAGCCCAUAUCGCUGAGCCCCAGGCCGGUGAGGACAGCUCGGACGACUAUAGUGUGUCGUCCUCUGCGCUCCUGCAUACCGGCCCGACGACUCCUGGCGCCGGAAGCGUUGCGCGCUCGGAAGAUUCAUCCUCCUCUUCUUCGUCUUCGGAGGACGAGGCUACCCACAGCAAGACGGUGACCAGAUCCACUACUGCAGAAUAG